AUGGACAAAACCAGUACUCGACAACCUUUGCCCGAUCAAGCCUCCCGAGGACCUCCCAACUCGGAUUCUGAAAGUAACACAAGCACCAGCUCUGGAGGCAGUGAAGACGACAAAAAAGCCUCCAGUGGCGAUGGAAUCUGCCCUACGCUAGAAGAAUUUGACGCAUGCCGUCAGAUGAGCUACGAUGCGUGGAAGCUUGCGGCUCUCAGCUGUACACCUAAGCUCAGCAGUUCCAUUGAUAUUUCUCUGGAUAAAUUGUCCAACGUGCCUCGGUUUUACCACAACCCUCCACAGAAUAUCCAUGUGGGUGGCAGAAGCAAAUCCCCGCUCAUUUUAAAAUUAUCCUUCCAGUUGGAGACAACACACGAUGACUCGUGCGACCGACGGUGGAAGUCUAUUGAUUAUCUCCAAUGUAUAGGAUUUCCGUUAUCGAUGAUUCCGAAACUAAGGCCAUCUGAUUCGGUUAUUCCUUCAAGUCCGCGAGCAGGAUAUCUUACAAGCAUAACACUAGCUUGGUCUUACAUCAUUUCCUGUCGCUGGGUUGAGAUACUUCAGAGUGCAGGUGAGACAUGUGUCCUCUAUUCGAAAGAUAUUGGCUUCUGGGAAAGAGUUACCCAAAGCUGCUGGUCAGCUCAGAUUACUCGUGGAAAGAAGGGCUGGUUCUGUCCUUGGAUGCUGCAACCAGAAACCAUUGAUAAUGAUCAAAGAAGUGACUGGGUUCAGACACCACCGGAUUCCGCGCUGGCAUUCGAUAUUCUUCUCGAAUUCUGUACCUCGGAGCAACUAGAAGACGAAUUCUUGAUCGGCUUCGCUACGGUACUCUUACUUACAUCACGUAAUAUGCCAUUACCGAAGAUGGAACCACCUACAAACAUAUCACGACCCGUGGCUAAUACAAGGAGUAACCCCAAGUUGUCCAAGUUAUUCGAGUAUCUUGACAAAUAUAUGACUCUCAGUGCUACCCAAGAUGCACUGGAGUCACUACUUUGCAGUACUUUUUUCGACCCUAAGAUUCCUUGCAAUCUUAUCGGUGCUGUUUCACUUGGGAUUGAGCAAGCUCUUUUGAAUAACGAUGCUAAGUAUAAUACACUAAUUAAAGCCGUCAAUAGAUCACCAUUUGGCUUCAUAUGGAGUGCUGUCAUCCACAAUAGCCAAAUAACAUCUCUACUCAAAUUACUAUUAGGACAACUGCCACCAAUCUGUCUUGUAGCCGGUUUUUGGACAAACACCAUCCAGUCAUUUCUUCAGGUCACUUAUCAUCUCCAGCAUCCCGACCUCAUAUCUCGUGCUGAGGAAUUCGCUAUCUCAUUCUUUUGUCGAGAUAAUAAAUCAGUGCCAUGGACACCAUCUCCGCCGUUUGGCAGGACUCAUGUGGGAAAUUUGAGCCUUCACAUCAGAUCUCACUACCAACACAACCAUAAGCCCCGAUCUUGGACUAAUAGGUGGAUCCUACGAUCUGGGGAGAAAGUUCUCAUCAACUCAGCGGAUGUAGAAGUCACUAUCAGCUCAACAGAGCAGAUACCACCAUCUAUCCCUUGUCUACAUCACAAUCAUACUGAUAGCGUAGACGAAGAAUUGCUAAGUAUAGGCAGGAAACCGGCAAAUUAUCAACUUGCCGAAGAGCAAUCAUGGAUAGCGACAUCUCGACUCUUCAACUGGCAUCGAUACUAUGACGAUGGGCUAUGGCUAGAUGAUGGCACGCAUAAUAUAGAACACAUUCGCCAUCUGCUGCAGCACCCAUGGAUUGUUGACCCUUUUGAUGAUGAUGAAUCGAUCCCUCUAGACAAGGUUGAGCGCCCGAACCCACGUGAAUCGAUAUUAGAGUGGAUUGCGCAAGUCACGCCAUCCCCGGAUAUUUGA